AUGGUAGAUGUCAAAGGUAUUGCCGGAUUACCGGUAGAAGAAGGACGCAUACGGGAUGCAGUUGCAAGGCAAAUACAACAGUUCGGAAUGGAUAAAUUGACAAGCCGAAUAAUUCGGGAAAAAUUGAAGGAAACCUUCGAUGUCGACUUUACAGACCAUAAAGCAGCCAUCGAUAAAAUUACUAUGGAUAUAAUUGAAACAAAUACUACCGAGAAGACGAAAUCAGAGAUAAGUAAUAAAUCGGAUUCGGAAUCAGAUGAUGGAGUCGUUUUUACAGAUCGCGCACCGAGAAAAAAAGUUAAGGAAACGAGGAAACGAAAAUCCUCAGAAUCAGAUGCAGAGUUGUUAGAAGUUGGACAAAAAAGGAGACGAGCAGCAAUAACAACAAGACAAACUACCAAGAAAAGGAACAAGGGAAGUAUUGAAAGUGGAUCAAAGCCUCGCAAAAGAAAGGGUCCAUAUAAUGUUUACUGCGCACUGACAGAAGAUCUUGCUGCAGUCUGUGGUAAACGGUAUAUGCGACGGUGUGAUGUGAUCAAAGCAAUGUGGGCAUAUUUUCGGAGCAAUAAUUUACUUGAUCCAAAGGAUAAACGUUAUGUGUUGCCCGAUGAGCCUCUCAUGAAGAUUUUCAAGAGGCGUUUUCUUGCUUUUGGCUUAAUGAAGGAUCUCGCUCCUCAUAUCAUCGAACCAAAGUUUCUGGAUGAAGAAGAGCGAGCUGCUUUGGAAAAAUUCGAAGCAGAAGAAGAAGCGCGACUGGAAGCUGAAAGCAAUAAUAACAACAAUAAUGGUGGUGACGGAAAUGUAAAGCAGGAUGGUGACAGUACCAAAAAAAAGGAUAUCACUGAGGAAAAUGAUGAAGAGGAUGAUGACGACGAUGAAAAUAAAAGCAGUUGA